AUGAUUCAAUUCAUCGUGGAAAUGUCACUUCCUGUGCAGGAGGACCUAUUCCCGGACAUAGACGGCAAACCGUCCACGGGAAGCAUGGCAGCGACUCUCCAGUUUGCCGAGCAGCAGCAGAAGGCCCGCGAGGAAGGUCGAGAAGAUUGGCGAGAGCUGGAUGAUGACGGCUCGAAGAUGCUCAAGGCUCGAAUGGUUAAUGUCUCGUUGACGUUGUCGACGGAGAUCAAGCAGCGGCUGCCUGCGGAGGGCGUUCGCUGGCUCUAUCUACGAAACGAAUGUAAGCGGAUUCUGAAUGGACGGAUGGAUAUGGAGGUGUUGCUAUUCGAUGAGAAGAUGAAUUUGAUUGCGAUCAGUCAUCAGACCGCGGUUCUGAUUCCUCCGGCUCAGAAGAUUCAGAAGUUGUGA